GGAGGGAAGUGAACGAGACACGGGAGACGUUGUUGGGUUUUAACAUGGUCAACUACCGGGCCUGUAAGAACCUGUGGAAGGCCUGUGUGGAGCACCACACCUUCUUCCGUCUGGACCGGCCCGUCCCGCCGCAGAAGAACUUCUUCGCCCACUACUUCACCUUGGGCUCCAAGUUCCGCUACUGCGGCCGGACAGAGGUGCAGUCGGUGCAGUACGGCAAGGAGAAGGGCAUCAAGGACCGCGUGUUCGCCAGGUCGCCCAGCAAGCCACUGGCCAGGAAGCUGAUGGGCGGGACGGACUGGGAGACGGUCAGCCGGAACUCCCUAUCGGACGAGCGGCUGGAGACCCAGAGCCUGCCCACGCGCUCGCCGCCCGGAACGCCCAAUCACAGGAAGUCGAUGUUCGCUCAGGAGGGGACGCGCACGCGGCCAUCGUCCGUCGGCCACCUGGUGGACCAUGUGAUCCACACCUCGCCCAGCCUGCCCGUGUUCUCCAAUCACAAGUCUGCCUCCUCCACCCAGGCCAACAGCAUCAGCCUGGACUCCAGCCCCUCUCCAGAGACGAUGGACGGCCCACCCCCGGCCCUCCCCCCCAAGCAGUCGAGGAAGAACAUGAGCCAGAUAAUCCAGGCCCACUCCCAGCAGAGUCUCCUUGACAACCACAUCAACGAGAUGUAUGACGUCCCCGUGGCAACCGACAAGACCACGCUGAACGGUGUUGUUCCUCAUGACAAUCUGGUCCUGAUCAAGAUGAGGCCAGACGACAACGGACGUUUCGGCUUCAACGUCAAGGGAGGUGCGGAUCAGAAGAUGCCCAUCAUCGUGUCCCGGGUGGCCCCGGGGACGUCGGCGGACUUGUGCGUCCCCCGUCUGAAUGAGGGCGAUCAGGUGGUCCUCAUCAACGGGCGGGACAUCUCCGACCACACCCACGACCAGGUGGUCAUGUUCAUCAAGGCCAGCUGUGAGAGCCACUCUGGAGAACUCAUCCUGCUGGUCAGACCCAACGCAAUCUACGAUGUAGUGGAGGAGAAGGCCGACUCGGAGCCAGACUUCCAGUACAUCCCAGAGAAGUGUCCCCAGGACCCAUCCCAUCUGGACCAGGACGCCUGGAGGGACUCCAUGGCCACCCUGAGGGAGGGGCUGGCCAGCGGAGCCAUACUGGCCCAGUUUGACCAACUCUACAGGAAGAAGCCCGGGAUGACCAUGUUGUGUGCCAAAUUACCUCAGAACAUUUCAAAAAACCGUUACAGAGACAUCUCGCCCUAUGAUGCCACUCGGGUCAUAUUGAAAAGCACAGAUGACUACAUCAAUGCAAAUUACAUCAACAUGGAGAUCCCUGCGUCGAGUCUGAUCAACCGGUACAUUGCGUGCCAAGGCCCUCUGCCCAACACAUGCCCAGACUUCUGGCAGAUGACGUGGGAACAGGGCUCCUCCAUGGUGGUCAUGCUCACCACGCAGGUGGAGAGAGGACGGGUCAAGUGUCAUCAGUACUGGCCCAACCCAGACUGCAGCGCCACCUACGGCCCCUUCCAGGUGGCCUGUCACGCCGAGGAGGGCAACUGUGCCUUCCUGGUCAGGGACAUGACGCUCACACACCUGGAGAGCGAGGAGAGUCGCGAGCUGACUCAGAUCCAGUACCUGGCCUGGCCGGACCACGGGGUUCCGGACGACUCCACAGACUUCCUGGACUUUGUGACGCUGGUGCGGAGCAAACGAGCCGGAAAGGAUGAGCCCAUGGUGGUCCACUGCAGUGCGGGGAUUGGUCGGACGGGAGUGCUCAUCACCAUGGAGACGGCGUUGUGCCUGAUGGAGUGCGGUCAGCCUGUGCAUCCUCUUGACAUCGUCCGAACCAUGAGGGACCAGCGGGCCAUGAUGAUCCAGACCCCUAGCCAGUACAGGUUUGUGUGUGAGGCCAUCUUGAAGGUGUACGAGGAGGAGCUGAUCAAGCCGCUGAAGGCAAACUUCUACCAGAGAGAGACUGAAGAAGACGAGCAACAGCAUGAGGAGGAGGAGGAGGUGGUGGAUUUGAUGGAGGAGCAAGAGGAAGAGGAGGUGGAGGACGCUAGCGUUGCUAGUGUGACCAGCGUUACCAGCGUGACCAGUGAAAACGGCUUGACCCCUGACCCUUGACCCUUUGGACCUGACCCUGGGGUCGCCCGUGAGGGUCCUUGGAGGCUGGACCAGCAGAGAGAACAAAGCACUGUUGCACUUUACACCGAAAAACAAACAACAGAAAGUCAUUGACUAAAGAAUCCUACUAUGUUUAAUAGUUACCAUUAGGGACAUUGUGUUCAGGUUAACGAAACAAAAAAAAGAGUACGUACAUUUAAAAAACAAUAAAAAAACAUGGAAUUGCUGUAGUGCCAUAAGUAAGAAGGGCAGAGGAGGGAGUAAUAGAUGGAUUGAUAGAUGAAUGGAUGGAUGGAUGGAGGGAGUGUUUUUAAAUGAGGUUCCCCCCUCAGUGAGUCUGCUAGACGGACAUGCCUUUUUACUCAAUGUCCUUCUAGCUGAUUGAGAAAUAACCCUAUCUUUUUUUCAAAGAGUAUUUAUUGUGAUUUAGUUUGUGUCAAACCCUGUCCACGGAACAAAAGUGUGUUAGUACGAGUCUAGCUUCAUGCUUUCCAAACAAAAUCAUAGUUAGAAAAGUCGUGGUGUGAUUAUUUUAUUUCUUCUUUUACUUAGUGGAAAAAAUGUGUUUUUAAUUUAUUGUUCUUUUUGUUUUGCUUUCUUGUUGAAUUUCUGACAUUAGACAGACACCUAAGAGCACUUUGUCUAACCCAGGCUAACUCUGAGGCUGUGAACAUGCUACAUUCUGGUACUUGCAAUGAUCAGCCAGAUGCCAUUGAUUGGCAAUGGAUGGACUCAUUGGCAUGACCAAUACGAUGGUAUGCGGUUAGCGUAUCGUAGCUUUGUCUGGGUUUUGAGCAGGAGGAUCAAAACUAUCUCCCAGAUAAAUCAAGCUUAAGAAUGGGAAAUACUGACCUUUCAUUUCUGCUUCUCACAGUUUUUUCUUUGCGUGUCUGUCUUUUUAGAAUGUGGAGAACACAAGCCAGCAACACUUAAGAGUAUUCGACUAAUAAUCUCUCCUGUUUUUUGAUAAUUAAAAUGGUACUUUUAAGGUUUCAAGGCACAUUCUUUUGUUUUGUUCUUAUUGGAGAUGAUAAUCGCCUAGAAUGAUAAAGGUACAGACUGCUGGGCAUUCAUAGUACAAGACUGAAUCAGUACAUGUUUCAUUCUAGAACAUCAGGCAACACGAGUGCUUAUUUUGAUUACUAGCUCCUGAAAUGGAGCAGGUUGUUACUAGUUUCAGGUUCCCUCCUCAUGGUGGAGGCUGUUUCUUGCUUUGUUCUAUUACCUGUUGCCAUUCAGGCUCAGUAGGUGAGGCAGUGCCACCCUCUCCAAUGCACUCUACUGCACAACCAAACUGCCAUGUCUGUCUGUCUGUCUGUCAGAGAGAGUGUCUUAAUGCCUGUGUGUGUAUGUGUUCAUGUGCAGCCAUUUGUAUAGUUCUGUGAUGUGUGUGUGUUUGUGAUGCAGCAGUUUCUGUUGUGUGUUAUUUGGUGCUGCUAUGGCUGUGGCCCAUCAUUAUGUAAACAUUAGCUCUCCCUUCCCUCGUGAUAGAAGUUAUCAUGGUACCAUGUUAGCUGUCUGGAGAUAGCCUGCCUGAAAACCUGAAUCUUUGUGACUUAUCAUCCCAAACAUGCAGAGGGCUUAACAGCCCCGCCCCCCCCCCCCCCCCCCCCCCACCCCUCAGCUUGGGUUCCAUCGAAUGGACUCAUUCUGUUUUUAUUCAAUCUUCCAGAAUCAUCCUCUCCUUUGAUCACAUCAAUCCCAUUUUCUCUCUUACAGUGAGCCUCAAAUGGCAAAUGACACAUCUAUAGACAACUUGGGGAUAUCAGGGCCAUCUAAUGUAAGCGCUCAUGUCUGGUGUGGAUCUUUGUUCAGUGUGUUGUGGUAUUGGAUAAUGGAGUCGUUUUGGGUCAAUAUGGUAAAAUAUCUAUGGAUGAGGAGAAAGAAAAGGGGGUUUGAAGGGAGGUUGAGGCUGGUUGAUUUCUAUUUUUGGAAUAUAAAAGGAACCAGUUCUUGCCUCUUGGGAAAGGUCAGCACUUUGCAGGUGUCGGAGUAGCAGUUAGUGUUACUGCAAACAUCAGAGACAGAAAGUGAUGUUUUAUUUUUAUUUUAUUUGUUUUUAAGACACCUGUAGGGAACCAAACUUCAAACUACACAGUGCCACUUGUUAAUUUUGUGUAAAUAAUUCUAGACCAUGUAAAUACAAUGUUGUAUAUGAAAAAAAUCUUUAAAAUAAAAGGGAAAAUCAUU